AGGGUUGCAUUGUAGAGCGUGGCCGUCCGAAAGAGGCAAAGAGAAAACGCGAUUUCUUCAGAUUUUUCGUUAAUCAAUUUUUGAAAGAAAUCUAAGCUGGCAUUUUUCAUUUUCAACAUUUUCAAUUAUCAAACCAGCUUUUUGUUCUUAUUUUCGUUAGCUUCUUCUUCUUCCUUCUUCCUUCUUCUUCGCUUUCUAGGGCUGCGAAACAUUUUCCGAAAAAUUAGAUUGAUGAUCAUCAAAAUCAAACCAAUUUUUUUGAAUUAAAAAAAUAAAAUCAAAACCAGAGAUAGAAGCAGCAGAGAAAAACAACGAAACGGAUCGUGCAGAUCUUGAAUGGUGAUUGAUUCUUUUUCCCUUUUCGGAGGGGGGAAGAAGAAGAAGGGGAAUCAUCGAGGAGGAUCGUCGUGUUAGGGUGGUUGGAUCGGAGGGAGAACGAUGAAAUGGGUUACAUUGCUUAAGGACUUCAAAGAGAAGGUUGGCCUUACUCAAUCGCCACCCUCUGCUUCUUCUUCUGCUUCUGCUGCUGCUGCUUCUUCUUCUUCGUCUUCGCCUCGCCGCGAUAGCAAUGCCGCCGCCUUCUCAGCUGCGCAAGCAUCUUCUUCGUCGUCUCCUACCAGGGAUAAACAUGAAUUGGAAUUGGACUUCAAGAGAUUCUGGGAAGAGUUUCGGUCAUCCAGCUCUGAGAAGGAAAAAGAAGCGGCGUUGAAUUUCAGUAUAGAUGCCUUUUGUAGAUUAGUGAACCAGCAAGUGAAUGUAGCUCAAUUAGUUACCAUGUUAGUUGAAACACAUAUAUUCUCUUUUGUUGUGGGAAGAGCAUUUGUCACAGAUAUAGAUAAGUUAAAAAUUAGCAGCAAAACAAGAUCUUUGGAUGUUGCUCAAGUUUUAAAGUUUUUCUCUGAAGUCACAAAGGAUGACAUCAGUCCAGGAGCAAAUUUAUUAACUUCAGUGGAAAUCCUUGUUUCUGGGCCUAUUGACAAACAAUCUCUGCUUGACUCUGGGAUAUUUUGCUGUCUCAUUCAUGUUCUCAAUGCCCUUCUCGACCCUGAUGUAACCAUUCAACGGCCAAAUAGUGCUAGUGAUCAUGAAGAACAGUUGGUAUUGCAAAAAGAGUACAAUGGUGAUGUUGGGCAAGGCCGCCGGCUAGAGGUAGAGGGAAGCGUCGUGCAUAUCAUGAAAGCACUCGCAAGCCAUCCAUCAGCAGCACAGAGUUUGAUAGAGGAUGAUUCUCUUCAGUUACUUUUUCAAACGGUUGCGAAGGGAUCCUUGAUUGUCUUCUCUCGUUAUAAGGAAGGACUUAUUCCAUUGCACAGCAUACAACUUCAUAGACAUGCUAUGCAGAUACUGGGUCUUCUUUUGGUCAAUGACAACGGGAGCACAGCCAAAUACAUCCGGAAGCAUCAUCUGAUAAAAGUUCUUUUAUCGGCUGUGAAAGAUUUUGAUCCUGAUUGUGGAGAUUCUGCGUACGCUGUAGGAAUUGUUGACUUGUUACUCAAGUGUGUAGAAUUGUCAUAUAGAGCUGAGGCUGGUGGUGUCAGACUGCGAGAGGAUAUACAUAAUGCUCAUGGAUAUCAAUUUCUUGUUCGAUUUGCACUAACUCUGUCCAACAUGACAAAAAAUCAGGGCUUUCAAUCUAUUCAUACAUUUGAUGACCAAGAUGUUGCUUCAGAUGGGUCACAAAGCAGCAGAGAACAAAAUUCCAGUGGACAAGAAAAGUCCUCCAUUCAAUAUCUUUCACCCACAUUAUCUAGGUUGCUAGAUGUUCUUGUUAGUCUAGCUCAAACUGGGCCAAAUGAGUCUCCACGUAACUAUGGCGGCAAAGGUUCUAAAUCUUCUCAGAACAAGGGUGGUGGUCAUAGCAAAACUCGUACCUUAUCUAGUGAUUGGCUUGGUGAUGAAUUAUGGGAUAAGGACAAUGAUAAAAUUAAGGACCUUGAAGCAGUCCAGAUGUUACAAGAUAUUCUCCUCAAAGCCAGUAAUCGGGAGUUGCAGGCCGAAGUAUUAAAUAGACUGUUUAAAAUUUUUUCAGGUCAUCUAGAUAACUAUAAGUUGUGUCAACAGUUAAGAACUGUUCCUCUUUUAAUCCUAAAUAUGGCUGGUUUUCCUUCUUCUUUGCAAGAGAUAAUCUUGAAAAUUCUUGAGUAUGCUGUGACUGUUGUAAAUUGUGUUCCUGAGCAAGAAUUACUUUCACUUUGCUGCUUAUUGCAGCAACCAAUUACAUCUGAGUUGAAGCAGACAAUACUUUCGUUCUUCGUAAAACUCUUGUCCUUUGACCAACAGUACAAGAAAGUUUUGCGAGAAGUUGGUAUUUUGGAAGUUAUGUUAGAUGAUUUGAAGCAACACAGGAUUUUGAGUCCAGAUCAACAGAAUGUCAACUCCAACCAGUUGGAUAAGAAAAACGGCUCAAGCAGCUUCAAGAAGCAUCUGGGCAAUAAGGAUGUUAUUAUUACUUCACCCAAGCUUAUGGAAUCAGGUUCUGGGAAAUUCCCUAUUUUUGACGUUGAAGGUACUAUUGCCAUUGCAUGGGACUGCAUGGUAUCUUUAUUGAAGAAAGCUGAGGGUAAUCAAGCUGCAUUUCGCUCAGCUAGUGGUGUGACUGCCAUGCUACCUUUUCUGGUGUCUGAUGUGCAUCGUCCUGGGGUCCUCAGGAUAUUAUCAUGUCUUAUAAUUGAAGAUACCUCACAGGUUCAUUCCGAAGAGUUAGGUGUGUUGGUUGAAAUUUUGAAAAGUGGAAUGGUGACCAGUGCUUUGGGAUCCCAAUACCGGCUUUCCCAUGAUGCAAUAUGUGACACAAUGGGAGCAUUGUGGCGGAUCCUUGGAGUUAAUAACUCUGCUCAGAAGAUUUUUGGUGAAGCCACCGGUUUUUCUCUUUUGCUUACUACACUCCAUGGGUUCCAAAGUGAUGGUGGGGACUUUGACCAAUCUUCAUUGAAUGUUUACAUAAAGGUUCUAACAUAUUUGUUGCGUGUUGUGACUGCUGGAGUGUCAGACAAUGCUGUUAAUAGAAUGAAGCUUCAUGCAAUUAUAUCAUCACAAACUUUCUUUGAUCUUCUAUGUGAGUCUGGCUUACUUUGUGUUGAGCAUGAAAAACAAGUCAUCCAGUUGAUGUUGGAGCUUGCCCUUGAAAUAGUGAUUCCACCUUUCUUAGCAUCAGAGGGUUUGACAAAAUCAAAUACAAUCGAGAAUGAGUCUUCUCAUUAUCUUUUACUGACUCCAUCAGGUCCAAUUAAUCCUGAUAAAGAGCGAGUGUACAAUGCUGGGGCUAUUAAGAUUCUGAUUCGCUCAUUGUUGCUGUUUACUCCUAUGGUGCAGCUAAAACUUUUAGAGUUAAUUGAAAAGUUGGCUCGUGCUGGCCCUUUUAAUCAGGAAAGCCUCACCUCCGUAGGUUGUGUGGAACUUUUGCUGGAGACAGUCCACCCUUUUCUACUUGGUUCAUCUUCAUUACUUUCUUAUGCAUUGAGGAUUGUGGAAGUCCUUGGUUCCUACAGGCUAUCUGCAUCUGAAUUUGGCAUGCUCAUCAGAUACGUUCUGCAAAUGAGGAUGAAAAUUUCUGGUAAUAUGAUUGUGGAAAUGAUGGAAAAAUUAAUUCUGAUGGAAGAUAUGGCCUCAGAAAAUAUCUCCCUAGCACCGUUUAUGGAGAUGGAUAUGAGCAAGAUUGGGCAUGCUGCUAUUCAGGUUUCAUUGGGUGAAAGAUCAUGGCCUCCAGCUGCUGGUUAUUCAUUUGUUUGUUGGUUCCAGUUCCAAAAUUUUUUAAAAUCACAAUCAAAAGACACUGACCCUUCAAAAUGUGUCCCUUCCAAGAAGCGCUCUGGCUCAAAUGCACUGCAUGAGCGACAUAUCUUAAGGAUAUUUUCUGUUGGUGCUACUAACAACGAUGAUGCAACCUAUGCUGAACUUUAUCUACAGGAGGAUGGUGUUCUAACACUUGCAACCAGCAACUCUUCAUUCUUAUCAUUUUCUGGUUUAGAACUUGAGGAAGGACGGUGGCAUCAUCUUGCAGUAAUUCACAGCAAACCAAAUGCUCUUGCUGGGCUGUUUCAAGCUAGUGUUGCAUAUGUUUAUCUAAAUGGAAAACUUAGACACACUGGAAAAUUAGGAUAUUCACCCUCCCCACCUGGUAAACCACUGCAAGUCACAAUCGGUACAUCAGUUGGAAAGGCUAGAGUCAGCGACUUUAAAUGGAAACUACGCUCUUGCUAUCUUUUUGAGGAAGUGCUUACACCAGGCUGUAUAUGUUUUAUGUAUAUACUUGGUAGAGGAUAUAGAGGACUCUUCCAGGACACAGAUCUUCUGCAAUUCGUACCUAACCAGGCUUGUGGUGGUGGUAGUAUGGCCAUAUUAGAUUCUUUAGAUGCUGAUUUGACUUUGGUUGCUAAUGGUCAGAGAGUGGAUGCUACCAGCAGGCAGGGAGAUCUAAAGGCAGAUGGGAGUGGAAUUGUCUGGGAUUUGGAGAGACUUGGAAACCUUUCUUUACAGCUUGCAGGAAAGAAGCUAAUUUUUGCAUUUGAUGGAACUUCGACUGAAUUUAUUCGGUCGUCAGGUAGUUUUUCAGUGCUCAAUCUGGUUGAUCCUAUGUCAGCUGCUGCUUCUCCUAUUGGAGGUAUUCCACGUUUUGGACGUCUGUGUGGAGAUAUUUAUAUCUGCAAGCAUGGUGUGAUUGGAGAGACUAUCCGUUCUAUUGGUGGAAUGGAACUUGUCCUUGCUCUUGUUGAAGCUGCAGAAACUAGGGAUAUGCUGCAUAUGGCCUUGACUCUACUUGCUUGUGCGCUUCAUCAAAAUCCUCAGAAUCUUAAGGACAUGCAAACAUAUAGGGGCUACCAUCUGCUUGCUCUUUUUCUCCGCCGUAGAAUGUCAUUAUUUGACAUGCAGUCUCUUGAGAUCUUCUUUCAGAUUGCUGCUUGUGAAGCAUCAUUUUCUGAGCCCAAAAAGUUGGAAACUACUCAAACUACUUUGUCCCCUGCAGCAUCUCUGCAGGAAGGCAGUCUUGAGGAUAAUUUUUUGUCAAAGUUUAAUGAUGAGAGUUCUUCUAUUGGCUCUCAUGGAGACAUGGAUGAUUUUUCUGUACAAAAGGAUUCAUUUAGUCAUAUUUCAGAGCUGGAAAAUACUGAUAUUGCUGCUGAAACUUCGAAUUGCGUUGUCUUGUCAAAUGCUGACAUGGUUGAACAUGUCUUACUGGAUUGGACAUUGUGGGUAACAGCCUCGGUUUCAAUCCAAAUUUCAUUACUUGGAUUUCUUGAAAAUUUAGUGUCCAUGCAUUGGUACAGAAAUCAUAAUCUUACAGUUUUGCGGCGAAUUAACCUUGUUCAACAUUUACUAGUGACGUUGCAAAGGGGUGAUGUUGAAGUUUCUGUCCUCGAAAAAUUGGUUGUGUUGCUUGGGGUCAUUCUGGAAGAUGGUUUUCUAUCUUCCGAGCUUGAAAAUGUGGUCAGAUUUGUGAUUAUGACAUUUGAUCCACCAGGGUUGGUGCCACAACGCCCAAUUAUGAGAGAGUCAAUGGGGAAACAUGUAAUUGUCAGAAAUAUGUUACUAGAGAUGCUCAUUGAUCUACAAGUCACUAUUAAAUCAGAAGAGUUGCUUGAGCAAUGGCAUAAAGUUGUUUCUUCGAAGUUAAUUACAUAUUUUCUUGAUGAAGCAGUUCAUCCCACAAGUAUGAGAUGGAUCAUGACUCUACUUGGUGUGUGUCUUACGUCCUCUCCAACAUUUGCACUUAAAUUUCGCACUGGUGGAGGUUAUCAAGGUUUAGUUCGGGUGCUCCCCAGUUUCUAUGAUUCCCCAGACAUCUAUUAUAUUUUGUUCUGUUUGAUAUUUGGCAAGCCAGUUUAUCCUAGGUUACCAGAGGUCCGCAUGUUGGACUUUCACGCCCUUAUGCCAAGUGAUGGAAGUUAUAUAGAACUUAAGUUUGUCGAAUUGUUGGAUUCUGUGGUUGCUAUGGCAAAAACUACUUUUGAUAGAGUAAGCAUGCAAUCAAUGCUUGCCCACCAAACUGGUAACCUUUCCCAGGUUGGUGCAAGCCUUGUAGCUGAGCUUGUAGAGGGAAAUUCAGACAUGGCUGGUGAGCUUCAGGGGGAGGCUCUGAUGCACAAGACAUAUGCCGCUCGCCUUAUGGGUGGUGAGGCAUCAGCCCCUGCUGCUGCAACUUCAGUUCUAAGAUUUAUGGUCGAUCUCGCGAAAAUGUGUCCCCCUUUUACUACUGUUUGUAGACGUGCAGAAUUUCUUGAGAGCUGCAUUGACCUGUAUUUUUCUUGUGUGAGGGCUGCCCAUGCUGUUAAAAUGGCUAAAGAACUCUCCUCAGUCACAGAAGAAAAAACCUUGAUUGAUGGUGAUGAUACUUGCAGUUCCCAAAAUACAUUUUCUAGCUUGCCACUUGAUCAGGAUCAGUCUGUUAAAACAUCUAUCAGUCUUGGAAGCUUUCCUCAAGGGCAGGUAAGUACAAGUUCUGAUGAUAUGGCUGCACCAGGAAAUUCUAUGGCUGGGGAGAGAUCAGAGAAUAAUGUUACUGCAUCUGAGCUGGAGUCAAAUAGAUCUGUCCGUGACGCUAUACGAACUGCUCAGAGCUUGGAUGGUGAUAAUGCUGAUCAAGGAUCUGUUGCUUCCAGUGCACAUGAAUUCAGCUUUCGCAGUAUCAAAGGCAAUUUGGAAAUUACACUGCCAACAGAUUCUCAGAGUGCUGCAUCUUAUACUGUGCUGGACAGUCCUGCCUUUUCAGAAAAGUCCAGUUCUAGAAUUCCCCUUACACCUUCUUCAUCACCAGUUGUUGCAUUGGCAUCUUGGCUUGGAAGUGCAAAUCAUAAUGAAGCAAAAUCUCCCUUAACUGCUACUCCUUCUUUUGAUUCUUCCAUGUCAGCCUGGGAGUUUGAUCCAUCUUCAAACCUGAAGUCUAGUUCUCAAGGGCCAUCUGCCGCUAAUAAUUUCAUUGCUGUAACAUCAAAGAUGCUUUUGGAUAUAGAUGAUUCAGGAUAUGGGGGUGGUCCUUGUUCUGCAGGAGCUACUGCGGUUUUGGAUUUCAUUGCAGAAGUCCUUGCUGAUUUUAUGACGGAGCAGGUGAAAGCAUCACAGCUCAUAGAGAACAUCUUGGAAAGUGUUCCUCUUUAUGCUGAUAGUGAAUCUGUGUUGGUUUUCCAAGGCCUAUGCCUUAGUAGAUUUAUAAACUUCCUUGAAAGACGACUAUUGCGUGAUGAUGAAGAAGAAGAGAAAAAAUUGGAUAAGAUUCGCUGGUCUUCAAAUUUAGAUGCUUUGUGCUGGAUGAUAGUGGAUCGUGUAUACAUGGGUGCAUUUCCUCAGCCUUCAGGGGUACUAAAAACUCUGGAGUUCUUGUUGUCAAUGUUACAAUUGUCCAACAAAGAUGGUAGAAUUGAAGAAGCUGCUCCUGCUGGAAAGAGGCUCUUAUCAAUUUCAAGAGGAAGUAAGCAACUUGAGGCUUAUAUUCAUUCGAUUCUUAAAAACACUAAUCGAAUGAUAUUAUAUUGCUUCCUUCCAUCAUUUUUAGUCAGCAUAGGGGAAGAUGAUCUUCUUUCACAGUUGGGUUUGCUCACUGAAUCUAAAAAGAGAUUAUCCGCAACUUCCCCUCAAGAUGAUUCAGGAAUUGACAUAUGCACAGUCUUGCAAUUAUUGGUUGCUCAUAGAAGAAUUAUAUUCUGUCCCAGCAAUACCGAUACAGAUCUUAAUUGCUGUUUAUCUAUGAAUCUAAUAGCUCUUCUCGGUGAUAGAAGACAAAAUGUACAGAAUAAUGCCAUUGAUGUGUUUAAGUAUCUUCUGGUACAUAGGAGAGCUGCAUUAGAAGACUUACUUAUUUCUAAGCCAAAUCAAGGGCAGCAACUUGAUGUGCUUCAUGGUGGUUUUGAUAAAUUAUUGACUAGAAGUCUAUCUGAGUUUUUUGAGUGGCAUCAGAAUUCUGAACAAACUGUGAAUAAGGUAUUGGAGCAGUGUGCUGGAAUUAUGUGGGUGCAGUAUAUUGCAGGAUCAGCAAAGUUUCCAGGAGUAAGAAUCAAAGGGAUGGAGGGUCGUCGUAAGAGGGAAGUGGGAAGGAAAUCUCGAGAUGCUGCAAAAUUGGACUUACGACACUGGGAGCAGGUAAAUGAGCGAAGAUAUGCACUGGAUUUAGUUCGUGAUGCAAUGUCCACUGAGUUGAGAGUUGUUAGGCAGGAUAAGUAUGGGUGGAUUCUACAUGCUGAGAGUGAGUGGCAAUGCCAUCUGCAGCAGCUUGUGCAUGAACGUGGAAUAUUCCCUCUCAGUAAACCCUCUUUGACAGAAGAGCCAGAAUGGCAACUUUGUCCUAUUGAAGGUCCGUAUCGAAUGCGGAAAAAACUUGAGUGCUGCAAACCUAAAAUUGACACCAUACAAAAUAUUCUUGAUGGACAGUUUGAAUUAGAGAAACCAGAGUUGUCUAGAGGAAAAAUUGAAAAUGGUUCUGAUGAAUCAGAUUCUAAACCUUAUUUUCAACUCUUGGCUGAUGGGGGCAAACAAAAUGUUUCUGGUGGUGAGCUGUUUGAACCGUACUUCAAUAAGUUGGGUGGUGUCCAAGAUACAGUUUCUGAGAAGAAUGAGUGGAAUGAUGACAAGGCUAGUAGCAUCAAUGAAGCAAGCCUCCAUUCUGCACUUGAGCUAGGUGCCAAAUCUAGUACAGUAUCAGUUCCCAUAGAAGAAAGCACACAAGGAAGAUCUGAUAUGGGAUCUCCAAGGCAAUCUUCCUCUGUGAAAGUUGAUGAUGUUAUAGUUGCUGAUGAUAAGUCUGAUAAAGAACUGAAUGAUAAUGGUGAAUACUUAAUCAGACCAUUUCUCGAGCCAUUUGAGAAAAUCCGAUUUAAAUAUAACUGUGAACGGGUUGUAGGUCUGGACAAACAUGAUGGUAUAUUCCUGAUAGGUGAAUUCUGUUUGUAUGUGAUAGAAAACUUCUAUAUUGAUGACUCUGGUUGUUUUUGUGAGAAGGAUUGUGAAGAUGAACUGUCAGUUAUUGAUCAGGCUUUGGGUGUCAAGAAAGACGUUACUGGCAGUGUAGAUUUUCAAUCCAAAUCAACUUUGUCAUGGAGCACAACAGCUAAGUCAUUGGUUGGGGGUAGGGCAUGGGCCUAUAGUGGUGGCGCUUGGGGCAAGGAGAAAGUACAUAGCACUGGAAACUUACCUCAUCCUUGGCGCAUGUGGAAACUUGAUAGUGUUCAUGAGAUUUUGAAGCGUGAUUACCAGCUUCGUCCUGUUGCUAUUGAAAUAUUUAGCAUGGAUGGAUUUAAUGAUCUUUUGGUCUUCCACAAAAAAGAGAGAGAAGAAGUUUUUAAAAAUCUAGUUGCCAUAAAUCUUCCACGGAAUAGCAUGUUGGACAAAACUAUUUCAGGAUCAUCAAAACAAGAAAGCAAUGAGGGUAGCCGUCUUUUCAAGACAAUGGCAAAAUCCUUUUCAAAGAGGUGGCAAAAUGGAGAAAUAAGCAAUUUCCAGUACCUCAUGCAUCUUAACACAUUGGCUGGACGUGGUUAUAGUGAUCUUACCCAAUAUCCAGUAUUCCCAUGGGUCCUUGCGGAUUAUGAGAGUAAGAAUCUUGAUUUUUCCAACCCAAAAACAUUUCGCAGGCUUGAUAAACCAAUGGGAUGUCAGACACCUGAAGGUGAAGAUGAAUUUAUAAAAAGAUACGAGAGCUGGGAUGAUCCAGAGGUCCCAAAGUUUCAUUAUGGAUCCCAUUAUUCAAGUGCUGGAAUUGUUCUAUUCUAUCUUCUUCGUCUGCCGCCUUUUAGUGCAGAGAAUCAAAAACUACAGGGUGGCCAGUUUGACCAUGCUGAUCGCCUUUUCAAUAGUGUAAGGGAUACAUGGUUCAGUGCUGCUGGGAAGGGAAAUACUUCUGAUGUGAAGGAACUGAUUCCAGAAUUUUUCUACGUGCCUGAGUUCUUGGAGAAUCGAUUCAACCUUGACUUGGGAGAGAAACAGUCCGGCGAGAAGGUUGGGGAUGUUAUCCUUCCUCCAUGGGCAAAAGGUAGUCCUCGGGAGUUCAUUAAUAGGCAUAGGGAAGCCCUUGAAUCUGAUUAUGUCUCAGAAAAUUUGCACCACUGGAUAGACCUCAUUUUUGGCUUUAAGCAAAGAGGGAAGGCUGCUGAAGAAGCAGUUAAUGUGUUCUAUCACUACACCUAUGAAGGGAGUGUGGACAUAGACUCAGUCACAGACCCUGCAAUGAAAGCAUCCAUUUUAGCACAAAUUAAUCAUUUUGGGCAGACGCCAAAGCAAUUGUUCCUCAAGCCCCAUGUGAAAAGGCGGAUUGACAGAAAACUUCCUCCCCAUCCCCUUAAACAUUCCAGUCAUCUUGCUUCACAUGAGAUUCGCAAAAGUUCUUCACCUAUCACUCAAAUUGUUAGUCUCAACGAUAAAAUUCUCAUUGCAGGAACAAACAAUUUGCUUAAACCGAGAACAUAUACCAAAUAUGUUGCUUGGGGCUUUCCUGAUCGUAGUUUGAGAUUUUUGAGCUAUGACCAAGAUAGACUUAUUUCAACACAUGAAAAUUUACAUGGAGGUAAUCAAAUUCAGUGUGCUAGUGUUAGCCAUGAUGGUCAGAUUCUUGUUACUGGGGCUGAUGAUGGUCUAGUUAAUGUUUGGAGAGUUACUAAGUUUGGGCCCCGUGCCAUAAGGCGCUUGAAACUGGAGAAGCCACUUUGUGGGCAUACAGCCAGAAUCACAUGCCUUCAAGUUAGCCAGCCUUACAUGCUUAUUGUGAGUGGAUCGGAUGAUUGCACAGUUAUUAUAUGGGAUCUCAGUUCCAUGGCAUUUGUACGGCAGCUCCCAGAAUUCCCAGCACCUGUUUCAGCAGUUUUUGUUAAUGACUUGUCGGGAGAAAUUGUUACAGCAGCUGGUAUUCUUCUUGCAGUUUGGAGUAUCAAUGGGGAUUGUCUGGCAAUGAUCUACACAUCACAACUUCCAUCUGAUUCUAUUCUCUCAGUAACUGGAAGUACAAUUUCUGAUUGGCAGGACACGAUGUGGUAUGCAACAGGUCAUCAGAGUGGAGCUGUAAAAGUGUGGCAAAUGGUUCACUGCUCUGACCCAGAUAGCUCCCUCAGCAAAUCAGGUUCUGGUGGGUUGGCAGGGUUAAAUUUUGGUACAAAAGAACCAGAAUACAAAUUGAUCCUGCGCAAAGUACUUAAGUUCCAUAAACAUCCUGUUACUGCCCUGCACCUCUCGGCCGAUCUGAAACAGUUUUUGAGUGGGGAUUCGGGUGGGCAUUUGCUUUCAUGGACACUACCGGAUGAGAGUCUGCGAGGUUCAUUGAAUCAGGGGUGAAACUGAUCAAGGAUGGUUAAUUGUGCUGACUUUUUAGCUCUUGGCCAGUCUUCAAUUAUAUUGUUGAAUCCUAACCAUGGGCUUCUGAGUGGAUCUCAAUUGUUAAAAGGCGGAUUCAUGUUCCUAAUUUACAAAAAUUGCUAAAGAAUGCUGGCCAGAUUGAAACUGGGCAAACAAGGUUGAGAAAGAAAAGAUGAGACUACACGGCACAUAGAGAGCUAACAAGCUAUAUGCGUGAAGAGCAUGUGUUCAUUUGGUUGGUUAAGCAUCUGUGAAGAAUGCUGGGUGCUAGGUGGGUGGAAAAGGAGAAAGCAAAUGUUGCCCGCGGUCGUGUGACUAGCGGAGAAUAUUUUGAUUUUGCCAGUGCCAGAGAAGUUAACUGUUUUUCUUUGAUGUACAUAUGUGAAAGCAGCUUGUAGUGUGUAAUUAAGUUGUAUAGUAAAAAGGCCAGUCAUGAAAUGUAAUGUGAUGUGAUUGAAAUGAUAGGCCCAAUCUGAGGUAUAUGAUUGUGGGAUACUGGAGGGAUGAUUGUCGGAAAUUCUUUCUAUGGUGGCAUUGGGGCAUUUCUUUUAAUGAGCCCCACAAAGAGAAAAGGGACUAAAAGGUCAUUUCCUAUGAUUUUUACAAUUUUCCUGAAUAUUCCUCCCAUUUGGUUA